AGCUCAGCCCUCAUUCGUUACUGUAAAUUAAAAUUCCACUUGCUUUUCUUUCAGGGGUUUUACUCAACAUCGCUCGUGUCGUAACUCUCCGCCCACUAGCGCUGCGCAGGUGUAAAAAAAUAAAAAUAAAAAAUCAAACUCGCCGCUCAGACAGACAGACAGACAGAAAGACACCGCGCCAGGGACAAACAGCUGCUUUAAGUGGAGCUCACUGUUCAUGGAGCAGACAAACGGGAUUGGUAGUUGAAUAAAACACCCUUCAUUUGAACAGCAUGGACACCUUUGAGGAGGACGACUACGUCUACUACGAAAACAUCAGCCACAACUUCAGCUACGAUGACUAUCCCUCUUUGUGCGAGAAGGGCGACGUCCGCUCUUUCGCGGCCGUCUUCCUCCCCGUGAUGUACACGGUGUGUCUGGUGGCGGGCCUGGCCGGAAACGCUUUGGUGGUGGCGGUCUACGCCUACCACAAACGCCUGAAGACCAUGACCGACGCCUUCCUGAGCCACCUGGCCGUGGCCGACCUGCUCCUGCUCUUCACGCUGCCCUUCUGGGCCGCAGACGCCGCGAGGGGCUGGGAGCUGGGCGAAGUCGUGUGCAAGGUCGUGUCGGCCUGCUACACGGUCAAUUUCACCUGCUGCAUGAUGCUGCUGGCCUGCAUCAGCUUCGACCGGUACUUGGCGUUAGCUAGAGUUCAAGGCAAAGACCAAAGAGGGCGCCUGCAGAGGGCGUUCACCAGGAGGCACUGCUGGAAGGUGUGUUUGGGCGUCUGGAUGGCGGCUUUCCUCCUCGGCCUUCCUGAUUUAAUACUCUCAGAAGUGAAGUGGGCAUCUAAUAGAAAUGUUUGCCUGGCUAUCUAUCCUUCAUCCAUGGCUCGAGGUGGUAAAGCCGCCCUGGAGGUCGUGGAGGUUCUGCUGGGGUUCCUGCUCCCUCUCCUGGUCAUGGUGAUCUGCUACUGGAGCGUGGGCCGAGCUCUGAGGGGCCUCCCCGUUGAGAGCAGAGGCAAGAAGUGGAAAGCUCUGCGCGUUCUUCUAAUAGUAGUGGCCGUGUUUGUGGUCACUCAGCUGCCUUACAACACGCUGAAGGUCUAUCGCGCAAUGGAUUCGGUCUACUCCUUAGUGACCCACUGUGAGACGAGCAAAGUGCUGGAUCAGGCGGCUCAGGUGACGGAGAGCCUGGCCCUCAUUCACUGCUGCCUCAACCCCAUCCUCUAUGCCUUCGUGGGGUCGUCCUUCAGGCAGAACAUGAUGAAAGUGGCCAAGAGGUUUGGACAGAAGAGGAGGAAGAAGAGCAGGAGAGGAGGGGAAGCUCCUGCGGAGGAGGAGGGAAUGGAGAUGUCGUUCAACUCCCACAGUGCAUCCCAAGAGACAAACACCUUCUCAAUAUGAGUUACGACCAACAGACCUUAUUCACCAAGAAAAGGUAGAAAAACUGCCCUGCUUUUAAUGGCUUUUCUUCACAUUAAAAAAAAAUUUCAUUGUUUACUUUACCAAUGAAACUGAAUUUAUGCACAGUGUUCUUGUUUACUUCUGAAAACUUUAUUUUAAAGUUCUGUAAAUAAUUAAUGAUGUGCUGUUAAAUGCUGUUUUGUAAGAAUAUAUAUCUUUGUAUGCAACUUUUUU